UAAAGCUCAUGGUCGAAGUUCGAACAGAGGGUUUCUGAUGGCCGCCUCGCUCUUCAAAACCCUAAAAUUCCAUAGACCCUUCCUCUCCUCCAUUGCCCGAAACCCAGCUCGCUGUUCUCCCUUCUCUCCCUUCUCCUCAGCUUCCUCUCGACCACUAGCCUCUGAAUCACAAGAUAAAGAGAGAGGAGGAUGGGCCAGAUUGUUUUUGUGCCUCCCGGGAGCCAUCACCUUCGGCCUUGGCACCUGGCAGCUCUUCAGGCGGCAGGAGAAGAUGGAAAUGUUGGAUUAUAGGAAGAAUAGAUUGGAAAUGGAGCCCAUUCUGUGGAACAAGCUGAAGUCUUGUUCAGGUAGUGACUUAGAUGAUUCCUUGGAAUUCAGGAAGGUCUUGUGUGAGGGUGUCUUUGAUGAGGAGAAGUCUGUUUACAUUGGUCCUCGGUCUAGAAGCAUUUCUGGAGUUACUGAAAAUGGGUACUAUGUGAUUACGCCAUUGUUUCCGACACCCAACCAGAGUGACAGUGUGCAGCUGCCUGUGCUUGUAAACAGAGGAUGGGUACCUCGUGGCUGGAGGGACAAGGAUGCACACAAUUCACAGGAUUUUGAAAAGGCUAAAAUUGAAAAGAAAUCAGAUUUUGAGAACAUUGAAGAAGCCCCUUGGUGGAAAUUUUGGUCCAAGAAGCAUACAAUUUCAAAGAAUGAAGAACCUGUUGUCACACCUAUAAGAGUCAUUGGUGUUGUUCGUGGCAGUGAGAAGCCAAGCAUAUUUGUUCCAGCCAAUGAUCCCAACAGUGGCCAGUGGUUUUAUGUUGAUGUUCCUAUGAUUGCUCAUGCUUCUGGGCUUCCAGAAGAUACCCUUUAUAUUGAAGACAUAAAUGAAAAUGUGAACCCAACUCAUCCCUAUCCUCUUCCAAAGGAUGUUAACAGUUUGAUCAAUCAUUCAGUCAUGCCACGGGAUCAUCUAAAUUAUGUGAUUACUUGGUACUCUUUAUCAGCUGCAGUAACUUACAUGGCUGUCAAAAGAAUCAGACCGAAGAAGAUCAGGCAAUAGCAGGAUAUUCAUUGCAGGGUUUCAGAACUGCAAGUUUCUUGAAUAGAUCUCAUACAAGUAUUAUGUAUUUUUGGUGGUGGUGCUUAUUUUUCUAUGUCACUGUGUGGCAAGAACCUUGAUCAGGAAUGAUGGUUUUCUUGGAUGGCCGAUGUGAAAUUUGAAUAUAAGUAACACAGUUUAUUUCUGGCAU